AGCUUAUUACCGGUAAUUACAGGCUUGCACAGAACGGCCAGUCCUAGUGCAGUGCCGCAUUGACCAUGGCGGCAUCGAGCCGUUGGGAUCAGCACCCCGCAUUACCAUUGUGAUGGCAACAUAUAUACCGUAGGUAUACGCGUAGUGCCAUGCUGGGCCAUUCAACUACGUAGUCAGGACUCAGGAUAAGCUGCGAGCUGAGAUCAAAGCAACCUUGUGCAACCCGAUUACACUGGUCUUCUGAAUCAAAUGUAGACCAUCCUCCAUCAUCCAUACAUUGUUGACCUGGAACUCAACACCUCUCAUAGCUGGAAACUUUGAACAAGGAGAAUCAAUAGUUCCGGACUGAUCUCGCCCUGCAUCAUAUUCAAAACAGCUAAUCACACAUGCCCAACGCACUUCGCUAAUCAACGCAAUGGCGCGCCUCAGCAUGACCACAUUAGGCUUUGCCCUCGCCAUCAUCUCCCUCCUCAGCGCCCAGCCCUGCGUAGGGCAGGGAACCAACGCCUACAACUCGCUCCUCGCUCUUCGAGCAAGCCUGGAGACUGACGAGACCUACGGCGCCGUGUCGACUGCCAUUGGCGUUGCCAACCUGUCCAUGCCCAUCGCGAUGCUGGCCAACACGACCGGCGUCACGAUCCUGGCGCCCACGAACGAGGCGUUCGGUAACCUGGGAGCUGCCGUCAUUAACUGCUUGGCUAACCAGCCCGGGUUAACCCUCCUGAGCGCGGUCCUGCGCUACCACGUGAUCCAGGGCGCGUUCAACGCCACUACCAUCCUGGCAGCUGCCCCCGUGAGCGUGCCCUCAGUCAACGGCGCCCUGCUCAACCUCACAAAGACCGGAACCUCAGUGUUUGUGAACGGUGUCCCUGUCAUUGAUCCUGACACCGCUCAGCUGGCGGGGGCCUACGUGGUCCACGGAAUCAGCUCAGUGUUGAUCCCCCCGGGCGGUCUCGCAGCGGUCCAGGCUUACUGCUCCUCCGCUGGCUGCGCUUCCAGCCCCUGCGGCGCAGGCGGCGUCUGCACGCCGAACCCGUCCGGAUCCUACUCCUACACUUGCAUCUGCUCAAACGGCUUCCUCUUCAACAGUGGCACAUGCAUCCCCCGCUCCAGCGAGCCUUAUCAAACAAGGUUCUGAAAAAGUGUGGCACGCGAUUCAACUUGAACCUCUGCCAACAACCGGUCCGAUUGAUUAUCAGGGGAUUUUGAACGCGUCCCGUUAUGGUCAGCCAUUCUUUGGGAAAUAGGCUGUGAGACUGCGAAGGUGACUGCCUUUCCAAUUUUCAAAGCAUUUCACGCAUAAAAGAUAGAUUACAAGAGCCGCUUGGAGUCAAAUCGCAUUCAUCGUGUGCCGGUGUCCCUAUCCAGUUUUCGUACAAGCUGAAAAGGACCAGCAUCCGUUGCUUAUAAGCGCACAGCUUAAUUUAUUCUCGGUCAAGGUCUAGGUUUCUGACAAGGUCAAGGCAAACGUACGCAUAGAGUCUUUGGAGGUUCUAGGCAAUAUCACGAUUUCUGCAGAUUCAAGCAACAAGGAAAGCUUUGGUACACAAGUUGUGAGCAACGAGCGCUUACAUCUAAAUAAAGGAUGCCCAAGAUUCGUUUUCAAGUUAGUCUGUUGCGAAAUUCGUGUCAUCGUUGGUGGAAUCUUUCUUUUUAGCACAACAUGGUUUCAUGAUAAGUACUGCGUCUGACAGCACAAUUGGUCCACAAGCAUUUAGAUAUACAAUCCUGGUUCAAUCACGA